ACAAAUAUAGAUUUUUGCGGUUCUCAUUCUGUACAUAACACCAGAACAUUAAAAUAUGUAUCAAUAAAAGCAACGAAAAGGCAAGGUUAUAUAAAUAUCAACGAAAAUAUUAUUUCUUACAAUCAGUUGUCGUUUAGCUUUCAUAAGGUUAGUGCGUUGCAAGUUUAUUUAAAUAAUUGUUGUGAUUCUUGUGGUGUUUCGUUUUUGUGUGGUGUUGUUAUCAAAUCAAAAAUGUGGAAUAAGAUGAAUACGGUGACCUUUGGACUUUCAAUUUGCUUAUUUGGAAACUUUCUAUUUACCAUGGCUACACCUCCAGAUCUAACCAGAAGUAUUUCUGAAUUUUCCUCUGAUCUCUAUGGCGCUGUUACUGAAGGAAAGACGUCGAACGUCAUCAUUUCUCCGUUUUCUGUUCACAUGGCUGUGAGUCUAGCGCUGAUGGGAGCAAAGGGAAAAACUUCUGAUGAAAUGUUGCGAGGACUGAAACUAAGUGGAACAAAUGCAGAGAUUUCGGAAGAAAUUCAUCGACUCAUCGAACCAAUUCAAAAUAAUUCCAUGCUUAAAGUCGCCAACAAGGUCUACGUGAUGGAAAACUAUCGCAUUAAGCCUGAAUUCAAUGCUAUAGCUAAGGAGAAAUUUCACAGCGAAUCAGAAUCACUUAAUUUUGCUAAAGCAGCCGAAUCAGCUGGAACAAUAAACAAAUGGGUUGAAGAUAAAACAAACGAUAAAAUCAAAGAUUUGAUUCCCUCCGAUGCCUUGGGAGCGGACACGAGAAUGGUUUUGGUGAACGCAAUUUAUUUCAAGGGUUUCUGGCAGCAUCAAUUCAAGAAGGAACGUACUGAAAAGGCCCCAUUUUUCACUAGUGAAACCGAUUCAGUCUUGGUCGAUAUGAUGCACGUUAAGGAACACUUCCGGUACGGCGAAUUUUCCGAUUUGGAUGCUAAGGGUAUUGAGCUACCGUACAAAGACUCGGAUAUGUCUUUGUUCGUUAUUCUUCCGAAUAAACGAACGGGUUUGGCUCAAUUGGAAACACGAUUGAAAGAUAUCAACAUCAAGGACUUGAGCGGCAAAAUGUACAGAUCCGAGGUGGAGGUUUCCCUACCAAAGUUCAAGAUCGAAUUCGAAGUAUCUCUGGUCGACGCAUUGAAGAAGUUGGGAAUGACUGACAUGUUCUCACAGUCGGCUGAUUUCAGUGGUCUUCUCGAAACCACUGAACCGCUUUAUGUCUCCGAUGUAGUUCACAAAGCCUUUAUCGAUGUUAAUGAGGAAGGUGCCGAGGCUGCAGCCGCUACCGGAACCAUAAUUAUACCACUGUCUCUUGAGUACACUGACAUAUUUUUGGCCGACCAUCCGUUCUUUUUCAUCAUACGAAACGAUAAAAGUACCAUGUUUACAGGGAAAUUUUAUAAAAAUUAAGAAUUUCUGCUUUUUAGUUUGUAAUUUGAAUUGGUCGACUAGUAACAAUUUUAGGUAGAAGAUCCGGACGCAUUCGACCACUCAAUUUUAACGCUGAACAUUCGUUUUACUUUAUUUUGAUGACGAAUGGAAAUGCUAUUUUCGUUGGUAGAAAAAUGCAGUAGCACAAAUUUUCAACAUUUUUAUUAUGAUAAUUCAGUGUUAUUUCGUAAAUGUUAUACCUGUGGAAAUAAACGCAAAUUAUUC